CCAAACGCGUCAUUCAAAUGUGGUUGAAUUAUUUAUAUAUAUCCAAAUCAAAAGGUUUUAGUUUCUCCGGUAUAACUCGCCGGAAAACACAGAACCGGCAGCCAUGAAAUCCUCAAAUCUCCUUCUCAUCGUCAUCGCACCUGCCUUCUUUUCUACUCUUCUAACAAACUACUAUGCUUCUUGCAUCUGCUUUCAAUCCAGGGAGCUGGCUCUGGCUUUUGCCUUCACCGCAGGAGGAGACUCGACCAAGAAUCGUCAAGUUGUUUCAAAAUGGAAACCACGUAGGCUCUCAAUUGCCAUUGAUACGAGUGCUUUGGAUCUCACGAUUUUGGUUGACGACAAUCAUGAUCUUGACGACCGCGACUCUCAAGCUUCCAUUGAUAUUGGAAGGGCUUUGGCUAUCAAUCAUCCACCCAAAACCGAUCAUGUUUCUAUUCAUAUUAGCGAUGAUGCUUUGGCUGGCGACGACUCUUAAGUCUUCACUGAAAUUGUAAGCACUUUAGAAUAAAUCGGUUCAAAGUAAUUAGAAAACCCAACAAAAUUAUGCAUAUUUGUUGGGGAAUUAUAAAACUUUCUUAUUGAAGUAGUUAUACAGAAUUGGUACAAAUUUUAUGUAAAAAUUUUAGGUAAGAACACACUAAAGAAUUGAUGCUUUAUCUA